AUGUCAGCACCUGCCGCGACAUUUCCAUAUCUACAUUUUCUGGUGGUAGUGAGACCAACCCAGCGAGGAGGAAUCACCCAGACCUUGGUAGAUCUGAAUCAGACGUCCAUCUGGAUCAAGGAAAAGCGAAUGGCAGCGAGCAAUGGGGUGCGGAACCUUCCAUGUCAUCCCUUGUUGGGCUUUUUGGCUCGUGAUUGUGGAACAAGUAUUUCACCACAUACAACUUGGUCAUGUUUAGGAAAGAGUGCAAUCAGUAUCCCUUUUCCCCUACAAGAGGUCAUGGGGGUUGGCCAGUUGGCGUCGCUUCAAGAAAAAGGAGUCCCUUCUAGCAAUAUGUAUUACUCUUUUUAUUUCAAAGGUACUCGAUACACUCUCAUGCCCCCGGGUAACCGGUAUGCCCUCCUCGCUUAUCCCAUAAGCUAG